UAGUUUCCUCCUAUUCCUGGCGUUGAAGCUUCCUUGAGAGUAUAAGCCGUGACUGGAAAAUAAUCUUGUUAGGAGAAGCCUCACCAAAAACCUUCAUAAGGUGGCUGUGUCUAGAAAGAGGCGUUUCUAUGUUCGCCGCACUCGCUCACCAUUAUUCGCGGUAUCCACCAUUGGGCCGUCACACCCUAGCGAAGUUUUGGCGUGUAGCAGAAGCGUGAGUUAAACAACCCUAGCCGGCUGCUAUUUCAAUAGCAUACAUGUGAACUUUCAGAAAGAAGAGGAAGUGCUGUGUGUGUCGUGGAAAUGCCGUGGAACAAUAUAUUUUUGUUCCUUGAAGCUUUAAAACGGUAACAGUGAUCUAGAUUCACAAUCGGCAAUCAUACCACCCACAAGACAAACUCGCGAUGUUAGGUUGCUGUCAGUCGGAAGAAGCAAGAGAACAGCAUCGUAUCAAUCGAGAAAUCGAAAAGCAGCUCAAAAAAGACAAGAGAGAUGCCAGGAGAGAGCUCAAGCUUCUGUUGUUGGGCACUGGAGAGUCCGGCAAGUCAACCUUCAUCAAACAGAUGCGAAUCAUUCAUGGUGUUGGCUACACAGAUGAAGAUCGGAGGGGCUUCACGAGGCUGGUGUACCAGAACAUCUUUAUGGCCAUGCAGAGCAUGAUCAAUGCCAUGGACUUUCUCAACAUAGAGUACAAGUCAUCUGAAAGUAGAGAGAGGGCUGAACAGGUGAAGGGUGUUGACCAUGAGACAAUCACCACCUUUGAGGAGCCGUACAUCACAUGCAUCAGGGAACUGUGGAAGGAUUCAGGCAUCCAGCGCUGCUAUGAACGACGAAACGAAUACCAGCUAACCGACUCAACCAAAUACUACCUGACCGACCUGGAUCGGAUAGCGAGCAAAGACUACCUGCCCACUCAGCAGGACAUCCUGCGCGUGCGAGCGCCCACCACGGGUAUCGUCGAAUAUCCCUUCGACCUGGACUCCAUCAUAUUCAGGAUGGUGGACGUGGGUGGUCAGCGCUCGGAGCGAAGGAAGUGGAUCCACUGCUUUGAGAACGUCACCUCCAUCAUCUUCCUGGUGGCGCUCAGCGAAUACGAUCAGAUCCUGUUCGAGGCAGAUAGUGAGAAUCGAAUGGAGGAGUCCAAAGCGCUGUUCCGGACGAUCAUCACGUACCCGUGGUUCCAACACUCUUCUGUGAUUCUGUUCCUCAACAAGAAGGACCUGCUCGAGGAGAAAAUCAUGACGUCCCAUCUGGUGGACUACUUCCCCGAGUACGACGGUCCCAAGCACGAUGACGUGGCCGCCCGAGAGUACAUCCUGAAGAUGUACCUGGCGCUCAAUCCGGACCCGGACCGCAUGUGCUACUCGCAUUUCACCUGCGCUACAGACACGGAAAACAUCAAGCUGGUGUUCUGUGCCGUCAAAGACACCAUCAUGCAAGCUGCACUAAAAGAGUUUAACCUGGCUUGAAAGCUCGAUACGGAGAAUAUUCGGUUCGUGUUCGCCGCAGUCAAGGACACGAUUUUGCAACUGAACCUGAAAGAAUACAACCUGGUGUAGACGGCCAUGUGGUGUGUUCUGCUCCGGCGGACGGAGCUCGCGUUGCCGGACGGCCGCGCGCCACUUUGCUUUGCGCUUUCAGGCGGGCGCGGGUGGGCUGCCAGCCAGGCGCCGCCCUCACACCGCCAGACCGUUUUCAUACCAUUCCGGAGGCGCAGGCAGCGGGCCGCCGCCGCCGACGUGGACGGCCCCUCUGUGAUGGCUGGCCGCCCCGGAGAGCGCCGCCGCCCGUCACACCGCCGCCGCCGCCGCCCUCAGCGCGUUCAGUUAUUUUCUGUGUGCCAAAUCCGUAUCCGAUCACCUUGCAUUGGCGGCGAGCGCGGCCGAGAAACAGGCACCUUGUGAUUCAGGAAGGGGCGGUCGGUGUGCCGUCGGCGGACCGCGUGUGCGCCCUGUCCGCCCGUGUAGUAGCGUCGUUACUAUGAUAGCUUUAUCCGUGUAGUCACCGAGCCGUUUUGUUAUGGUGGCGCGCGCGACGCGGCGCCGGGCGGACGGCCGCCGCACGUCUGCUCCGUCCGCGCGCUCUGUCUGCCCGUAGGGCGUCUUGUGCGUGCCGAUCGUGUCCGCUCUCCGAUCUUUAGUAUCAGCCAAUGCCUUCUUUGUUUUGUAAUAAUGUUUCUUUACGUGUUGUGAGUCGGUGCUUGUGAGCGCGCCGCCGCGGCGGGCUGACCACAGCGCGCGUCGUGGUGCGGAUAUCAGUGGGCGUCGGCGUGCCUGCCGACAGCGCGGCGCCGGACCGGCGCGGCCGCCAGUGAUACGGACGGCGCCCGGCCGCCGCCGCCCUGUAGUCCUCCGCUGUGUUCCUGUCCGCGCGCGCGCCCCCGUUUUGUACCGGGCGCCGGCGUGGCGUCGGUGCUGGGCGCGGCGGCUGCCGUCCCGGCCGGGGCCGCGGCGCGCCGCGCAGCCGGUGCCCGGGCUGGGUCGCCUCUGCACUGUGUCUCCCCCUUUGCAGAGCGGCCUGCGGGCCGCGGGGGCCCAGCCCGCUCGCAGGCGCCGCCCGUCGCCACGCCGUCGGCCCGCGCCGCCCGCGACACACUGGCGCAGACACAUGAGAGUGAGAGCGAGAAAACAUUAUCGUAUUGUUAGCUGCCAUGCUUUGUAACUACCAAUUAUGGAGGGUUUGUGUUCAAGAAAUUAAUAUUUAUUGACU